AUGUCGUUUUCACAUUCGUGUCGUCGUUUUCUUUUCCGUCUUUCUUUAGUCGAUAUCAGUUAUAGAGUUUUUUUUUUCUUUUUUGUAUCUCGAGUCCUUUUCUUUCCAAAUUUUUCUUUCUAUCUUUCUUUCUUUCGUUAUUUCUUUCUCUGCUUUAUAUCUCACUGUUCUUACUCCCUCGCUAACUCUCUCUUCUUUCGUUUUAUUUACACUCCCUUAUCCACGGUCUAUCUAGGCCACACUGUACCGUGUAAUCUAUUUCUAAACUCGGAUUCGCUGCUUUCUUUUCGUUCUUUCACUUUCUUUUAUUCAUACGAUCUUAAUUCUGUUUCUUCUUCUUAUAUCUUUCUUCUUUUUUUCUUUUUUUUAGUCCUUGUACAUAGCGAUUUAGUUUCCUUUCGUUUUCUUUUUUUCUUUUUUUUUUUAAAACUAUAUAUGUAUCUAUAUCAAUCUAUCGCCGAAAUUAACGUAAAUCCUUUCCUCAUCUCCGCUUCUUCUUCUUCUUCUUCUUCUUCUUCUUCCCGAUUGCUCUCUUUCUUUCUUUCGUUCUCUUUCCUUCCUUUCUUCAUUCCUUCCUUCCUUUCAAUAUCUCUCUAUUUUUUUUCUUUCGGUGUAACCAAAGAAAAGGUUACCUCUUUCUAUUUCUCCUCUUCUUUUUAA